CCCGGUGGGAGGCGCCGACUUCCCUACGCGUCCGGAGAGGGGACAGCUCGGAGCCGAGGUCCAGCUGGGGAGCCGCGGGCAGUCACGGAGCGCCUCUCGCGGAGCGGGUUCUCGGGGCGGCCGGCAGGGUGGCCCCAGGAGCCUGUGCCUGCGGCUGUCCUUUCCUUAUAAGGCGGGGGCCGGGCGGCUCUGGGGGAGGGGCUGCGGCCGCCCGGCCCCCUCCAGGGCUCGGCGAGUGGCUCGGGGCGGCGAGGAGCGCAGCGCAGCCGCGGGGAGCCGAGCAGCGCGCGGAGCCGGCCAUGGGCAAGUCAGCUUCCAAACAGUUUCAUAACGAGGUCCUGAAGGCCCACAAUGAGUACCGACAACAGCACGGCGUCCCCCCUCUGAAGCUCUGCAAGAAGCUCAGCCGGGAAGCCCAGCAGUAUUCCGAGGCCCUGGCCAGCACAAGGAUCCUCAAGCACAGCCCCGAGUCCAGCCGCGGCCAGUGUGGGGAGAACCUGGCAUGGGCAUCCUACGAUCAGACAGGAAAGGAGGUGGCUGAUAGAUGGUACAGCGAGAUCAAGAACUAUAACUUCCAGCAGCCUGGCUUCACCUCGGGGACUGGACACUUCACCGCCAUGGUAUGGAAGAAUACAAAGAAGAUGGGAGUGGGGAAGGCAUCUGCAAAUGACGGGUCCUCCUUUGUAGUGGCCAGAUACUUCCCAGCAGGCAAUGUUGUCAACCAGGGCUUCUUCGAAGAAAAUGUCCUGCCUCCAAAGAAGUAACUUGUCCAACGUCAUGGGCAGGCAGCAGACUUAAGAAUGUGGAUGCAAAGUGCCUAGAACCACCAAAACCCAGCUGUGUCUGUCCCUGCAGGUGUAUGUCCUUGUGUGUGUGGUGUGCAUGUCCCUUGCACACACUUGGACUUACAAACCUGCAUGAGCUCGUUCUUAUUAAAGGAAUGAGCACAGGAAGCAUUUACUCUGAUAGUUGCCUAGACCACGAUUAUUUGGAUUUGGGGGAGAAGCCAAUUUUUUAAAAUUUGGUGUUUUUAAGCAAACUUCUUUUGUACCUUUUCCUACUUCUAAUAUCCAUCCCUGAACUUUUUGUAUUCCAAAUGUUUGUUCUUUGUGACACUGAGAAGUCAAGUUCAUUUUAUGUGAUCUUCAUGCAUUGUAAUCUACUUUUGGUAGGUAUUUGAGAGUAUUAGAUCCUCAUUUUUAAAUGUGACAUAAAAUACAGCUUUAAAUGUGUAAAUAUAAAGCAGCUUCCAUGGGAAACAUGGGGCAGGCAGGGGCUCCAUUUUACAGAAUUACUGAGAUUUCUCAGUUGUAAAACAUGACAUCAUCCUGCAUGCCUCCUGGAUUCUCUAAUGAGAUUGCCAAAGAACAAAUGGAGAAACAAGCUUUACUUCCUUGCAUUUUUCAGCCUUUAAGUAGCAAAGAACCACUAUCACCACCAUCUCUCCCCCCACACACACUCUUUCUUAAACUUCUGUUUCAGCAUUCCAUGUGCUACCCCUGGUUUCUGGGGAGUCAGGCUAGGCCUGAAGCUCUCCCCUCUCCUACCUCUGCUAGGUGUCCCAGGCCUGUUCUGGGAGACACCCCCUUGUACUACCUGGGCUCGUGGCCAAGCAGCCUUGAAUGAAUAAAGUCAGACAGUGGGGGUGAGGGUGAGCUCACUUAGAGCCCCUAGAGGAAGCCUUCAGCCUCUGCCCUCCCCCACUGGGGCUGGGUCCCAGCCUAUCCCUGGCAGCUGUGGCUGCAGCUGUGCAGCUGCUCCCUCGGAAUGUGUGACAAGCCCAAAUGUUCCAGGGAGAUGUCCCAGGCUGGGGCUUAGAAAUGCUAAUUUGGUUCUGUGCUUUGCCUCUAUACUGUGGUUCCCUUGAAUAGCAAUUUCACAGGGUCCAUAUGGGAAGGACCAAUCCAGACCAAGCUUAGAAUCCCUGAAACCAUGGCAGCUCCAUCUGUCAAGACUGCGGAGGCAGGAGUGGGGGGAGAGGGGGGUUGACAGCUCCACGACAGACAGACAUGUCUGGGUGGGCCAGUCUCGGCAGCAGUGUCCCGAAGGUCCUGCUUGCACUGGGAACAGUCUCAACGUGGUUCCCUCACUUCUCCGAGGGAUACUGACUAAUGAGACAAUAAACUUUUUCUUUGUAUAGUAGCUUCAUCUAAAGUGAUUCACACCUGAUUCUUAAUUGGGGCUGAGACGAUCAUUUUCUGAAUCCCAAGCCCUGGCUUGGAAACUCAAGCCCCAGAAAUACCUCCAACUCCAACUCUGUGGACUGUGCUGCUCAAGUGGCCAUCAGCACACAGCUGACAGGAUGAGAAUGGACACCUGAUCCUACGGCACCAAUCCACAAGCUGGCCAUGUGCUAGGAAUUUGAGAUAAUAUGGAGAGAAUUUACCAGUGAAACUGAAAAAAUAAAGAUGCCACGAAUUAAAUUAGAGUCAUGGCAGACCAAAACUGCAUGCAAGCCAAGUUAUGUGUAGGAAAAACUCAAAAGUGAGAAAGCCAGCUCCACGCAAAUAAGUGUAUCUUUAAAAUAUGCCCCUUAUUUUCUUCAGGACGCCCCUCAAAACUGAUAGAUUACUGUCUCCUGUAGGGAGUCACGUGAACGCAAAGUGCUGAUCCUGGCAGGAAGCUGGGACUGGGUGGAGUGAAAAGACCUGGCUGAGCUGUCAAUGAAUGAGCUCCCUGGUGGCUCCUAGGGACACAUCCAAGCCCCGAUGCACAUGCUUUCUCUUCCACAUCACCAGCUGGUGGAACUUGGCAUAGAGCCAGCCUCUGAGGCUGGAGUUUGUUUCCACAGUUGGUUGGAUUAGGGAAAGAACUGGGUGAGGAGAGGUUUCCAGCACUGAGAAAAAGCCAGACCACGAAGCUGGUGAGCAGCUGGGCACUAACCUCAUUUUUUAAACAGGUUUAAGAUGGCAAGUCCCAUGAUGCAAAAAGAGUAGAGGACAAACCAGAUUUCCAGCUCUCCUUUGUAGCCAGAGGAAGAAAAGAGCCCUGAGUCCAAGCCCUAGCUCUGUGACCUCUGAGUUGAGCAAACCCUGUCCCCUGAGCCUCAGUUUAUCCAGCUGUUCUAGGUCUGGGGCAUAGAGUUAGGUCUAGCAGAUCCUUUCAGGUCUCCCUGACUCCCCCCUAGACCCAACAUUUUUAAUUUCUAAAUAUCAUGGGGGUACAAAUAUUUUGCUUACAUGUAUUAAUUUGUGAUGCUUAAGUUAGGGUUAUAAGUGUGCCCUUAACCCAGAUAGUGUUUAUUGUACCUGUUGGCUAGAUCCACCAGGAAGCUCCACCACCCCUCCUCCUCCCUCCCCUCUCCCACUUGAUUUCCACUGAGCUUUACUUCCCUUGGUGCACAUGUAUGCUCAUCGGUUAGUUCCAGUUUAAUAGCAACUGCAGGGCUUGUUUUUCUGUUCUUUGGAUACUUCAUUAGGAUAAUCGUCUCCAGUUCUGUCCAAAUUGUUGCAAAAAGCCUUAAGUCAUCCUUUAUAGCUGAGUAGUACUCCACAGUACGUGUACACUACAUGUUAAUCCAUUUAUGGGCACUUGGGUUAAUUCCACAUCUUUGCCAUAGUGAAUUGUGCUGCAAUAAACAUUCAAGUGCAGGUGUC